AUGGCUGGGUGUGCGGUGAGUCUCCCUGCCAGGCUUCGCGGGCAGCGGCUGAGCACACUCUCCACGCACAAGAGCAGCCGACGACGCUGCCGCCCGCCAAUCCCCGCGGCCUCACCGCCGCCUCACCGCACUUCUGCCGCCGCUUGCCUUGUCCCGCGCGCCGCAGGCUGCAACAGCAACGGCCAGCUGGGCGUGGGCGACACGGCAGACGUGGCGGAGCCGCAGUCGCUCAAGGUGGCGCGCCGCUGGGCGGCGCUCAGCAUGGGCAGCAGCCACGCGGCGGGCGUGACGGGGCAGGGGGAGGUGUACACCUGGGGCCUGAACGACAAGGGCCAGCUGGGCUCGGCCACCGGCCCCGGAGAGAACAAGGACGCGCCCAAGCGCAUGGAGCUGCUGGUGGGCUGGAACGUCAAGGCCAUCUCCUGCGGCGCGGAGCACACCAUCGCCAUCACCCCCGAGGACGUCAUCACCUGGGGCUCCAACGAGUACGGCCAGUGCGGGCACGGCGACAAGGCGGAGACGGACUGGGUGAAGCCUCGCAGCAUCAAGAUGCUGCACGAGCAGAUGGUGACGCAGGUCAUCUGCGGGCGGUACCACACCCUGUGCGUCACCGCCACCUCCCAGGUCUACGCCUGGGGGCGCAACAGCAGCGGCCAGCUGGGCCUGGGAGACACGGCGGACCGGCGGGGGCCCACGCUGGUGGAGGGCCUGUGGGCGCUGCCGGUGCAGCAGCUGGCGGCAGGCGAGGCGCACAGCGUGGCGCUCACCAGCAACGGCUUCCUGUUCACCUGGGGCGGCAACGAGCACGGCCAGCUGGGCCUG